AUGACUACCAGCUAUUUGGCCAGAACUUUGGAAUUGUUCCAAUUGCUGGACAUUUCAGUUAUCGUUGUCUUCUUGAAACUUCAUGUCACAGGCACUUUCCAGAUACGUUUAUCGGGAGGUCCUAACCUUUGUGUAGGACGGGUAGAGGUUCUCCACAAAGGUGAAUGGGGGACUGUGUGUGAUGAUGAUUGGGACCUGCGUGAUGUUGCUGUUGUGUGUCGAGAACUAAACUGUGGGGAAGCCCUUUCAGCACCUCAUGGAGCCUGGUUUGGUGAAGGAGUUGGUUCUAUCUGGCUCAAUGAAGUACACUGUGCAGGUACUGAGAGGCGCCUGCUUUCCUGCCAUCACCGUGGCUUUCGCAAGCAUAUCUGCACCCAUGAGGAAGAUGCCAGUGCCAUCUGCUCAGAACAACGCUUCCCUCUUUUCACUGCCAUUCCUGCCCACACAUCUUUCAAGAAGGGCAAAAUGGAGGCAGUAACAACCAUAAGGCCACUUGUAUCUCCUACACCUACUGAGAAAACCCUAAGACUUGUGGGAGGCAGAAAUCAGUGUUCUGGCCGGCUAGAGAUAUUUCAUGAAGGGCAGUGGGGAACAGUAUGUGAUGACAUGUGGGACCUUCUGGAUGUUACUGUUAUAUGCCGAGAGCUGGACUGUGGAGAAGCUCUGGCAGCACCAGGUGGUGCUUUCUUUGGUGAGGGGAAUAGUGUUAUCUGGCUGGAUGAUGUGCAGUGCCAAGGAGAAGAGUCAAAGUUGGUAGACUGCCACACCAGUCCCUGGGGGACGAACAACUGCCGACACAGUGAAGAUGCUGGGGCUGUGUGUUCAGGUGCAAUGUCCGCUGCCAUGAUAGAAGAGCAUACAGCCAUGCUUACAAAGACUUUAGCUCCUCAGAAAUCCUGGUCUGCGGCACCAAAUCAAAUUCCACAUCCUAUUCACUUUAUAAGAAACCAGGAAGAAACUUUGACUAGUCAAGAACCCACAGAUGAAAUUCUCAAAGGGGGUAUUUCAGAAAGUGGCCAGCAGCAUCUGCGACUUGUAGAUGGCCCUGAAUCCUGUGCUGGACGGGUAGAGGUGUUGUACAAAGGCCAGUGGGGCACAGUGUGUGAUGAUGGCUGGGACUUGGCGGAUGCAGCUGUUGUAUGCCGUGAGUUGGACUGUGGAGCUCCACUUCUCAGUCCAGGCAAUGCUCGAUAUGGACCAGGAUCUGGACCUAUCUGGUUGGAUGAUGUCAACUGCACUGGGAGAGAGUUUACUAUAAAGCGCUGUCAUUCUAAGCCUUGGGGAAAGCAUAACUGCAAUCAUCAUGAAGAUGCUUCUGUCAUCUGCACAGGCAAGUGGAAACGUCUGCUGUUCCAAAAACCAAUUGGUAGUUCAAAGGCAACUGAACAACCAAUCUCUCUCACACCUGAGCCAGUAUCUCCAAACAAUUCAGAGCUGCAAAAUGUGAUGGAUGUAGCAGAGAUUACCACAAACACCCAGGAAUUUUCAGAUGAGUCAAACAUAAAGUCUCUCAAUCAAUGGUACACUGUGGGGCCUUUUUUAAAAACACCAAGUGUCAAAAUUGAACUGGAAAAGGAGACAAAGUCAAUAAAUCCUUCAGGUAUUGUUGAAUCAAGACUUAGUCCAAAUACAUUGCAGCACAUGCAGGAAAAAAAUUCAUACAACUUCCUUAAAACAAGACUGUCCAUACAAAAAUGGAAAAAAGAAUCAAUUUCUUCCACUGAAAAUUUUCAGCCAUCCUCCAACACAUGGUAUACGGAAUCUCAAAUAGAAAUAAAGUCAACAACUCCCGGACUCAUAGAUAAAACUAUGUAUAAUUCAGAGAACCCACAGCAUGUUCAGGAGACGGAAUCAGCUAUUUCUUCAAAGAUCAUGUCAUCAUUUCAAAAGAGGACGGAAAUGCCCAUUUCACAAUCCAUAGAAUUUAAAUCCACGAGAGAUAUUGAAUCAGACAGGGAAAGGCCAUCAGGAGCAGGACCACCUCCAUUUGCACAAUCAUUUAACCCUGAGAGAGCGCCUUCCAUCUAUUGGGAUAGCAAUGCUGAAGUGUCUCCAGUUACCAAGAAAAUAGAAUUCAAUGAUGUUUUCAAUGAAAAUCAGGAUAUCACCACUGCCACAUGGAUUCAGGAACCUGAGAAAGUCAUAAGGGCAUCUGAUAUGAGGAAUGAAUUGUUUGAAUUCAGAAAAAGAUUGGAAGUCGCAAAAGAGAUGGAAUUGCCUAUAACCACAAAGAAUUUGCAACCUGAAAGGCACAUUGAAACAACUACCUCCAAAGUCACAGAUUAUGAAGAGAAAUCAAAUCAAGAAAAACAGGAGGAAUCAAAUACAGAUCCCCAUCCUGUAGAACUCUCAGCACCAGAAUCUAUCUUUAUUUCCAAUGAAGUUUUCAAUUCAAGCCAACAGUACCCAAGUCCAAGAACUUUGAAUGGGCAAUUGGGAGACAAUUUAUUCAACUCAAAAGGCCUGACCAAAACAUCAGAUCCAAAUGUCUCAUCUGCCAAACCUGUCACCUAUUCUGAACACUGCGAAUCAUCCCCAGACUGUCUUAUAAAGCACGAACAAAGUAAAGCAGAUCAAAGAUGUUGCUGUUCACAAGCCCUGAGGAACUUGGUCCAUACAAUGAAAGGUCUCCAUGGGGAACUAGGUUCUAUCUCUGUUGCUAUUAAGAAUCAAGGUUCCCAACUGGAGGCUGUAGCUCAUAAUCUGGCUGAUUUGUCGGCUUCUAUACGUCUUCUGGUUGGAAUAUUGCCUUCUCUGGUACAGCCUGUCUCAUCCAAAUCCUUCUUAUCUCCAUCUGGGCAAGAUGAAAGUCAACUGCAAAAUCAACUACCCCUGAAAUGAAAAAUGUAAAAAAACCCUGUAAUGCAAAAUAUUGAUCUUUACGCUACCAAGAUACAGUUAAACCUCUGGUCAAGACCAU